AUGCCGCCGGAAGAUUGUGAAAACAAAAGGUCGGAGAGUGGGUGGUGGAGGAGUCGGACUCUACUUGAGAAAGUCUUGCUGGUGUUAGUACUGCUAGCAUUACUUGUCUUGGUGGUUCUGGUUAUUCUGCUCGCCAUGGGAACAGUCUGGAACAAACAACCGGAAGAUGAUCUUUGCACGGCUCCUGGUUGCGUCCAAGCAGCUGCAUCAGUUUAUAAUGGUAUCGACUUCAGUGUAGAUCCAUGUGACAACUUCUACAACUUCGCCUGUGGUAAUUGGAGGAAAACACAUGUGAUCCCCGAACACCGGGCAUAUCUAGCAAGGUUCAGUGUUCUCAGGGAGGAAGUCCACGUCACACUAAAAUAUUUGCUCGAAGAAGAAUCCAAACCUGACGAACCAAUGGCAGUACAAUAUGCUAAAAGAAUGUACAAGUCUUGCAUCAACAUGACAAACAUUGAAAGCCGAAACCUGUCGGUUGCUAUAGAUUUGCUUGACACCUUUGGGGGCUGGCCAGUACUUGGCGAUCGACCUGGUGGGAACUGGGAUGAGGCAUCCUUCGACCUUAGUCUCCUUUUGAGUCAGCUGAUGCGUUACUAUAACAACCCGAUGAUAGGAUUUUACGUAUCAGUUGACUCCAAGAACUCCAGUGGCCGAGUUUUAUUUAUGGACCAACCUGGAUUAAACAUGCCGGGGCGUAACUUCUAUCUAAAAGGACGUAAUGAUGAGAAGUUGGUGGCGUACGAAAACCUUAUCAAGUCAGUGCUGCACGAUUUUGGAGCUGAUCCCGCUACUGUCGACGAUGACGUUAAUGAUCAAAUAGAAUUAGAAAUCGCUAUUGCAAAUUUGACCAUACCAUCAAGCCUGCGGCGAAAUAGCGAGGAUUUAUACAAUAAAUACAGAGUUGGUGAUCUCGAGACCAAUUUUCCUGAACCGACUAAAUUUAAGUUUGUAUGGAAGGAAUACAUCAAUAACGUGUUUGGAAUGGAACGAAUAAAUAUGCAUAUCGAGGACGAUGAGCCAAUCAUUGUUGAAGAACCACGAUAUUUUCGCAAACUUUUUGCAACUCUUGAAAAGUUCUCGAAAAGGACAAUUGCUAACUAUGUUAUAUGGAGUAUUAUGCAAAAUAGGAUUGCGAACCUUCCGUCCAGAUAUGAGAAUAUGAUGACUGAAUACAACAAGGUGCUUACAGGACGUGUUGGAAGUCGUCCUCGAUGGCAGAAGUGCACAUCCUACGUGAACAGUAAUUUCGGCACGGCUGUUGGACGAUUAUACGUCGAGGAGAAAUUUGUGGAAGAAGCUAAAAAUGAUAUAAAUUUGAUGAUAGACGGUAUACAGAAUGCCUUCGGUGAGUUACUAGAGGAACUAACAUGGAUGGAUGACGACACUAAGACUUUAGCAAGAGAAAAGGCUUAUUAUAUGCAGAGAAAAAUUGGAUAUGAUGACUUCAUAUUGAACGAUACAUCGCUUGAUGCUCGCUAUCAAAAUUAUUCGAUGAAUGAAAACACGUACUUUGAAAAUGUCCUCAAGUUACUUAACUUGUGGAUAACUGGUGAUUUUGGCAAGCUGAGGAAACCUGUCAAUAAGGAUAUAUGGACGAAUUCACCGGCCACCGUGAAUGCUUACUAUAGUUCACCAUACAACCGGAUCAUGUUUCCUGCGGGUAUCCUUCAGCCUCCGUAUUAUCAUAAAGAUCAGCCACGGUCACUGAACUAUGGAGGGAUAGGUAGCCUAAUUGGACAUGAAUUAACCCACGGAUUUGACGACCGAGGGCGUCAGUAUGAUAAGUUAGGAAACCUCAACCAAUGGUGGAAUGAUGACGUCAUCGAUAACUUUAUCAAUACCUCAGACUGUUUCAUUCAGCAGUAUGACAAAUACUCCUACCCGGAGGCCGGUGGUAAAUAUAUGGACGGGUACCAGACUUUGGGCGAAAAUAUUGCUGACAACGGAGGACUUAAACAAGCUUUUAAGGGAUACAGGGCAUGGGUGUCGUCGAUGGGGAAAGAAGAACCUUCGCUUCCAGGAUUAAACCUAACACACAACCAACUAUUCUUUGUCAACUUUGCACAGAUCCGAUGUAGUAAUCAUAGAAAGGCUGACGCUAUUCAUCAUAUUCUGACCGGCGCACACAGUCCGCCAAGAUUUAGAGUAAUUGGAACUCUUCAGAAUAUGAAGGAAUUUUCCGAUACCUACAAGUGCCCUGUAGGAAGUUAUAUGAACCCGGUACACAAAUGUCGGCUAUGGUAGACGUGUUUACUACUUGUGAGAGACGCUUUAAUUAACAAUUAACUAUGAAGGUGCGAUAGACGUCUUAAUGAGUUAUGACAAACGUUAUAGGUAACGUUAUAUUUGGUUGCUAUGGGUAACGAUGAUAUUAGUUGGCAUGGGUUACGAAUAUAUUGGCUGCUAUCGAUGUGAGUAAAGGUGAUAUCAGUAACGUUGAUAUUGGUCUCUUUUGGUUACGGUAAAAUUAGUUGUAAUGUGUAACCAUGACGUAAGCUGAUAUGGCAUUGUAGAUGUUAUUGUCUGUCAAAAGUACAUGUAAUUUUUUGGUAAUGAAAUCGUUGUAUACUUUAUAAUUUUGACCACAAACGAAACAAUUAUGAGGGUCAACGAUUGCUAUUAUUUUCUUGAAUACAAUUUUCUUAUUAUAAAUGUUUGUAUUUCACACUAAAACCAAGUAUGGAUAAAUUCAUUGUCGACUACUUGGAAUGGGCUGUGUAAUGUUAAUGCCAUAAAGCAUAUGUUUUGUCGUUUUGUUAACAUAUAUCACCUAAUUGAAGGAGUGGAUGGAUUUUCUCAUUUAUACGUAUAUUGUAUGUUAACUAUUUUAUGUAUUUGUUGUUUCUAAUGAUGCAUAACGAUUUCUGGUAUAUGAAAGCUAUUUGUUUAACGACCUUCUGUAAAGACACAGAAACAAUUAAUAUAAAUUUGUCCCUAUACCACAGUGGAAAUAAUUUGUUGAUGCAAUUGUUGGUUACGUUGUUGCAUACGUCGUUCUCAUUUGAGAACGUGACAUUACUUACUUGGAUUGACCAAGAUUUACAUCGCGUGUGUCGUCGAUAAAGCAGAAGACGCUUAAUCUUCCAGAACGCUCGGUCUUAUUUUCUUUGAAAUUUCAGGAGUCUCCGUGUAAAUCGGGUUUUCUUUAUUGAUAGUUUGCCUUAGUUUUAUUGAAUUUCAUUUUGGAUUUUGCUUAUGUUGACAUGUUGUUACUUUGUUCGAUGACAUUUCAGUGUCAAUGUUGAUUAAAAUCCAUAAUUCUUAUGUAAAAUAAUUUAAUCCAACAUAUCUUUCGGACAAUGUGGAUAUAAAUUUGGUGUUUGUUACGUACACAGUUUGUAUGUAUAAUUGUUUCGAUAAUAUUAUGAUUUUAGUCAUAUUUUCUCUUGUAUCCCUUCUCAAUUGGACGGCACUUCAAAUUGGAUUCAUUUUGUCGUUUUAUUACUGUUUUCAAAUCCAGUUUCAUGUAACCUCAUAUUACAUUAAUAUAAUUCCAUGACUUAGUAAAGAGUGAAUUAGUAAAAAUAUGGACUCCGUGUUAGAAUGUCUGACGUUUAUCAUAUAUUCAUAUAUAUUUAUUUGGUGAGAGUUAUUAAUCAUAAUGUCCUGCAGCUAAUCUUGAAUUUGAAAAAAAAUAUAUGUCAUCCACUGCGAAAUAGAAAUAUGGUACAGUUCCGUGGGAUGUUUUUUUAUAUAAAUCAUAAUAAUUGAAAACAAUAUGUCUUACUCGGCAGGUCAGCUGUUUAUGACACUUUAUCAUGAAAAGUAUAUUUGAUAGAUAUAUUUCAAUUUUGACAUACUUUUUAGACACUGUUUGAAAUACAUUUUUAAUUUUAGACAUUUUUUUUUAAUUUAGAUUAUUUAAUUAAAUUUUCUUUUACCUGUUUAUCUUAAAUUUUUAUUUUCAGAUUGAAUGUUCUCACAAUCCCUUUCUGUCAUGUUGUAAGAGUUCAUUUUUUUGUCCUAUGUACAACUCAGUGUGGUUAUAUACGACGUCAUAAUAUGUCAUACAUAAGUUUAUACUAAUUCGUUGU